AUGGACUCAGGGGAUGGCUCUGGUCCAAAACAGAAGAGAACUAGACAACAGUUUUUGAAAUAUUGUGUUGAUUUUACUGAGAAAAGGAACAGGUCUUGUCAAAAUGGUAAUCUUACUCCGUCUUCUUCGACUUGUUCUGUGAAUAUUGGAAAAGAGGGUGUGAGUUGUGGGAGGAAAAGAAAAAUGGCAGUUUCUGAAGAUGCAAGAAAAUUAAGAAAAGGGAAAAAGAAAGUGGAUAAUGGGAAGUUCAGUCCAGGAACUUGUGAGUCUAUCAUGGAACGGAUUUUCGUCGAGGAAAUACCUGAUGAUGAUGUUAUGGAUGAUUCGGAGGAUGAUUCUGAUGAUGAUGAUACGGAUGAUUCGGAGGAUGAUUCUGAUGAUGUUGUUAUCAUUGAAGAGGAGGAGGGUAGUAAUAUGUUGAAUGCAAAAGAUCAGGAGGUUGUUUCAUCUACCUCAAGCAUGUGUGGUAGGACACCGGUGAAAUCGGUGGAAGUGUAUACUGAUAGCACCUCAUCUUCUGAGUCUGAGUCUCAGUCGGAUUCUAGCCAAUAUGAUGAUGUAAUAGGUGAUUUUGAUGAUACGGAAUCAGAAGAUGAAACGAAUGAAGAAGGAGAAAAAGAGUCGAAUGAGGGGUUAGUACCUGAGCUUGUUGUUGAGAGUGAAAAGCAGAAGAAAGGUGGAGCAUAUGUUCUUCGUGCGCGUUCACUUUCUAUGUCCAAAAAGAAGAAGUUAAACAAUCGAAAUGAUAGUAGUAGCCCAAUUCUUCUUACUGAUGAGGAGGAGGAGUUUGAUGACUCGGGGUCUGAUAGCGAGGAGUCUAAAUCUGAAGAGGAUUGCGCAGUUGAUGACUCGGUGAAGAAUGUUGUUCAAAAGGAUGUUGUUCGAAAGGAUAGGAGGACUGGAAAGAAGAUUCUUGAAGAUUCUGAAUUUAUGAAGUUUGUUGUUGAUUCUAUCAUAAAUGUUGAUGAUCAUGAUAAACUUACUCCUUUUGAAGAGAAGGAACAGGUUCCUGUCAAGGAAACACUUCCUUUAGUAUUUCGGUUUGAAGACGAGGAUGAACCUCCUCCCCCUGAGAAAGAAGAAUGGGAAAAGGAAGUUGAAAAUCUUUUUGCUGAAAUGCAGAUGUGUCUCUUAGAGUCAGAUAUUGGCUUUACAAAUCCAUCCGUUUCGCCGAUGCAGAGUGGAGAUUUAACUAACUGUCAGAUGGGGAACCACCAACUUGUUCUAGAUGAACAAAUUGGACUCCUCUGUAAAGUUUGUUCCUAUGUGCAUUUGGAGAUCAAGUACAUCUUCCCUUCUUUUGCUCAGAGAACUCGAGGGAGGUAUGAAAGAAAACAUUUAGGACAGUCGCCAUCACUCUUGGAUGUUGGUGGCUUCAGAUUUUCUGAUUCUUCUGCAGUCCAAGAUUCUAUGAUUAAUGAAGAAGGAACUGUGUGGGAUUUAGUUCCCCCAAGUGCCAAAUCAACAAUGUAUCCUCAUCAACGUGGUGGAUUUGAGUUUAUGUGGAAAAACGUUGCUGGAGAUAUAAAUCUCGAAAGGCUGAGACAGCCCCUAUCUGAUAGCAAAGGAGGAUGCAUAAUCUCACAUCCACCUGGCACCGGGAAAACCCGUCUCACCAUAGUAUUUCUUCAGUCAUAUUUGAAGCUGUUUCCAAAUUCUCGACCUGUAAUCAUAGCUCCUUCCAGUUUGCUGCUUAACUGGGAAGCUGAGUUCCAGAAAUGGGAGGUGGACAUCCCCUUCCACAACUUGAACAGCAAAGAUUUCUCUUUACAGGAAGAUGAAGCUACUGUGAGUGUCUUUCGCUGUUUAUCCCAUGAGGGAAAGAGAAAUCCACACCUUAUACGAAUGGUGAAGCUGGGAUCAUGGGUUAAAGGUAAGAGUGUUUUGGGGAUCAGCUAUGACUUGUUCAGGAUUCUUACUGGAGAUGAUGGAGACGGUUACGCUAAACCAAUUAGAGAAAUCCUUCUUAAAUAUCCUGGUCUUCUGGUCCUUGAAGAAGGGCACACUGCUCGGAAUGAGCAAAGCCUUGUCUGGAAAGCUUUGAAAAAGGUUGAAACAGAGAAGCGCAUAGUUUUGUCUGGAACUCCUUUCCAGAAUAACAUCAAGGAGUUAUACAACACUCUCUGUGUAGUCAGUCCAAAGUUUGCUGCAGAUUUGGAGCAGAAAUGGGCUUCUCUUAGCAGUUCCAUUGACAAGAAUGCCCGAGCAUUGGAAGAGCUUAGGGAUAUUAUUUCACCACUUGUCCAUAAGUGUAGUGAAAAUGUAAAGAAGGUAAGCCUUCCGGGUAUAAGGGACACUGUAAUUCACUUGAAACCCACAGAUUUGCAGAAGGAGUUGCUUAGAAGGAUUCCAGAGAAUCCAUGCUCCUUUUAUGAACAAAAUCUGCUGUCUCUUAUUUCUGUUCAUCCUUCAUUAGUGGCCAAGAGGAAGGAGUUCUCUGACUUAGAAAGUCAGCUAACAGAAAGAGGCUGUCGGUUGGAUCCAGAUACCGGAGUAAAAAUGAAAUUUGUUAUUGAGCUUAUCAGACUUUGCGGUGGGCGGAAGGAGAGGGUUAUAAUAUUUAGCCAGUUACUUGAUCCUCUAAACCUGAUCAAGGAGCAACUCAAUUCUCUCUUUGGCUGGACUUUAGGUCGGGAGAUUCUUUAUAUGGAUGGGAAACUUGAUGUGAAGCAGCGGCAGAUAUCUAUAAAUUCUCUUAAUGACCCUAAGAGUGAUGUAAAAGUGCUUCUUGCAUCCAUAAAAGCCUGUUCAGAAGGAAUAAGUCUGAUAGGGGCCUCAAGAGUGGUUUUGCUUGAUGUUCUCUGGAAUCCCUCAGUAGAACAGCAAGCCAUCAGUCGAGCUUACAGGAAUGGGCAGACCAAAUUUGUGCAUGUUUACUGUCCAGUAACAUCAAAAUGGGAGGUUGACAAGAUUGAACAGCAGACGAGAAAAAAGUACCAUUCAGAUGUUCUUUUGUCUAGGAAUCAUGAAGCCAAGAUGGAUCCUUCAUGUUCUGUGUCAGAGGAUAACAUACUAGAAUCCAUGGUUGAGCAUGAGGGCCUCCGUCAUAUUUUUGAGAAGCUCUCUCGUGCACCACGUGUGGUGCCGCCUACUACAGGCCUUGAUUCUUCUUACCAAUCUCCAAAACCAAGCAGUUAG